AUGGAACUAACUACAGCCAAAGAUGCAUUUGAUCGUGUAGCUAAGAAGCAAAAAUUGUCAUUUUCUAAAUCCCAGGAAGUAAUCGAUCAAUUGAGCCAUGAAAUUGAGCAGGCAUUGGUAAAAAUCCAGUCAGUUGAAGAUUCUAUGUCUCCUGUUGAUCAGAAAUCCAUCCUCACAGAACUAAAGCACAAGCUUAUUGCAACUAGUCCGCUCAAGCAAUUAGAAGUGUCACAGAAGGAAUUGAAUUUAAAUCUUAGCAAGUUCCCCAAGAUCCUUGAAAAAUCAUUUCCAGACAUAUCCAAGGCAUAUAGAAAUGUUGACUUUGACUAUCAUAUAGUGAAUCAGAUAAUAGCAAGUCAUUUUUACCGUCAAGGCUUGUUUGAUUUUGGAGAUUGCCUAAUAAAUGAAGCUGGAGAACCAGAAGCAGCUGCUCUAAGAUCUCAUUUCAUGGAACUACAUCAAAUACUUGAGGCAAUGAGGAUUAAAAAUAUUGAGCCAGCUCUGAAAUGGGUCUCUACCAACCGUGAAAAACUAAUGCUGAAUGGUUCAAAUCUUGAGCUGAAACUUCACCAGCUGCAGUUUGUGGAGAUUCUGAAGAGAGGAAAUCGUGAUGAUGCCCUCAAUUAUGCCAAAACCCACCUUGCUUCUUUUGCUUCUAGUCACAUGAAAGAAUUUCAGAAGCUAAUAGUUUGCGUUAUGUGGAUAGGCAGACUUGAAAAAUGUCCUCACUCUGAACUGUUUGCUCCAAUCCAUUGGGAGAAGUUGGCUGAGGAGCUGACUCGGGAUUUCUGCAACUUCAUUGGUCAGUCCCUUCGGAGCCCAUUGAGUGUGGCAAUAGCAGCUGGGAUUGAAGGGUUGCCUACUCUUUUGAAGCUGGCAAACGUAAUGGCUGCAAAGAAGCAAGAAUGGCAGGCUUUGAAACAGUUGCCAGUGCCAGUAGAGCUGGGAAAGGAAUUUCAAUUCCAUUCUAUUUUUGUCUGUCCUGUAAGUAGGGAUCAAGGCAGUGAUGAGAAUCCACCGAUGCUGCUGCCUUGCCUCCAUGUUCUCUGCAAGCAGUCGAUCAUGAAGCUAUCAAAAGGCAGCUCCCGGCAAUUCAAGUGUCCUUACUGUCCAGCUGAGGCUUCAGCUGCGCAGUGCAGGCAGCUAUGUUUCUGA